AUGCCCCCGUCAGAAUUCCUAGCCUCGGCCAAUGCGCCUUGUCACCACCCCCCGGCGACGCUGCUGACCGACACCUUGGAGAAGCCGUCGUUAGAUAAUCGCGAUUAUCGUGUAGUUCGCCUAGACAAUGAGCUUGAGGCUCUGCUCGUUCAUGACCCUGAGACGGAUAAAGCCAGUGCUGCCCUGGAUGUCCAUGUUGGCAAUUUCAGCGACGAGGAGGCCAUGCCUGGCAUGGCUCACGCUGUCGAGCACCUUCUCUUCAUGGGCACCAAGAAAUUUCCCGUGGAAAAUGAGUACGGCUCAUAUCUUGCCGCCAACUCUGGUCACUCCAACGCUUACACCGCCUCCACAUCUACCAACUACUACUUUGAGGUAGCGGCAAAGCCCUCAGACGACCAAGAUCCAACAGAAGAGAAUCCUUCACCUCUCAAAGGAGCUCUUGAUCGCUUCUCGCAGUUCUUCAUCGAGCCCCUCUUCCUGGAAGGAACGCUAGACAGAGAACUCCGGGCUGUUGACUCUGAAAACAAGAAGAACCUUCAGAGCGACACAUGGAGGCUACAUCAGCUUGAAAAGUCUCUCUCGAACCCCAAUCAUCCCUACUGUCACUUCUCUACGGGCAACUUUGAAAUUCUCAAGACACUGCCCGAAGCACAGGGUAUCAAUGUCCGCGACAAGUUCAUCGAAUUCCACAGCAAGCACUACUCUGCCAACCAGAUGAAGCUGGUCAUCUUGGGUCGCGAGCCACUGGAUGUCCUGCAGAAAUGGACAGAGGAGUACUUCUCCGAUGUUGUCAACAAGAAACUGCCGCAGCACAGGUGGGAGACUGAGGUGCCUUUCCGGGAGUCGGAUCUCGCAACGCAGACCUUUGCAAAGCCUGUGAUGAACUCGCGCGAGCUGAGCCUCACCUUUCCCUUCAUUGAUGAAGAGCACCUCUACGAGUCUCAACCCAGUCGGUACAUAAGCCAUCUGAUUGGCCAUGAGGGUCCUGGCAGCGUCAUGGCGUACAUCAAGAGCAAGGGAUGGGCAGAGGGUCUCUCCGCCGGUGCCUACCCCAUCUGUCCUGGCACUCCUGGUCUCUUUGAUGUCUCCAUCAGGCUGACUGAGGAGGGUCUCAAGAAGUAUACGGAAAUCAUCAAGGUGCUGUUCCAAUACGUCUCCAUGCUGCGAGAGUCACCACCAGAACCGUGGAUCCAUGAGGAGCAAAAGGGUAUGGCAGAUGUCGACUUCAAGUUCAAGCAAAAGACGCCCGCCAGCAAGUUCACGAGUCGGACCAGCUCCAUCAUGCAGAAGCCGAUUCCCCGCGAGUGGCUCCUGAGUGGCCACGGUCGUCUGCGUGUCUUUGACUCAAAGUCCAUUGAAGCUGGUCUGGCCAAGAUCACCCCGGAGAACAUGAGACUCAGUGUAGUUUCGCAAACCUUCCCUGGAAACUGGGAUCAGAGGGAAAAGUGGUACGGUACAGAGUACCGCCACGAGAAGAUCCCCCAAGAGACCAUGGACAGUUUCAGGCAAGCUUUCGACAUGCCCAGGGAACAGCGCAUCCCGGAGCUUCACCUGCCGCACAAGAAUGCCUUUAUCCCCAGUGAACUCGAAGUGGAGAAGAAAGAGGUGACCCAGGCUGCUGUCAGCCCUCGUUUGCUCCGCAACGACUCCAUAGCCCGCACAUGGUGGAAGAAGGACGAUACAUUCUGGGUGCCCAAGGCAAACGUCCUUGUCAGCCUCAAGAGUCCGCUCAUCUAUGCAUCGGCUGAGAACAUUGUCAAGGCGAGGCUAUUUACCGAACUGGUGCGGGAUGCCCUUGAGGAGUACGCAUACGACGCCGAGCUUGCAGGUCUGCAGUACUCAGUCAGCUUGGGAUCCAGGCAUCUUGUGCUGGACAUCUCCGGUUACAAUGACAAGCUCCCCGUGCUGCUGCAGCACGUCACCACAACCAUGCGCGACUUGGAUGUCAAGCAGGAUCGAUUCGAUCUUAUCAAGGAGCGUGUCACUCGCGCAUUCAGCAACUGGCAACUCAACUCGGCCUACCAACAGGUUGGCGACUACUUGAGCAACCUCAGCUCGGAGCGCAACCAUCUGGUGGAGGAACUAGCCGACGAGCUUCCCAACGUCACCUGCGAAGGCGUACGACUCUUCCAGAAGCAAGUCCUCUCACAAAUGUUCAUCGAGACGUACGCACACGGCAACCUGCACAAGGAAGAUGCGCUGAAAAUCACCAAUGUGAUUCAGUCCACCUUCAAGCCCCGACAGCUGCCCAAGUCGCAGCUGCCCAUUGUGAGAUCACUGCUUCUUCCUCGUGGUUCUAAUUUCGUUUUCAACAAGACGCUCAAGGAUCCUGAGAACGUGAAUCACUGUGUGGAGACGUGGCUGUACGUCGGCGACAAAGCAGACCGCACCCUGCGAGCAAAGACGCUCCUGUUCGACCAGAUUGCUUCCGAGCCUGCCUUUGAUCAGCUUAGGACCAAGGAGCAGCUCGGGUACAUUGUGUUCACCAACGCCAGGACCUUUGCCACCACUUGCGGGCUACGCGUCUUGAUUCAGAGCGAGCGUACCCCCGAGUACCUCGACUCUCGAAUCGAAUCAUUCCUUGCCCAGGUGGGUGACAUUUUGGAGAAGAUGAGCGAUGGCGACUUUGAGGGCCACAAGCGCAGCUUGAUUCUCAAGCGACUUGAGAAGCCCAAGAAUCUCGACCAGGAGUCUACGAGGCACUGGACACACAUUUCGGGCGAAUACUACGACUUUGAGCAGGCCCAGUUGGAUGCUGCGUUUGUGAAGCCGAUCAGCAAAGCCGACUUGAUCGAGUUCUACAACACGUACUUCAGCCCCUCUUCACAAACUCGCGCAAGGAUUUCCGUGCACCUCCAUGCCCGCAACACCUCGGCAUUGGACAAGGAGAUUAUCGAACUCCUCCAGAAAGCGAACCUCGAGGAUGUCCCGCCCAAACAGAGGCAGAGCCUUGACUUCCUGGAGAAGUAUCUCAAGGAGACUGUCCAGCUCGAAGACAGCAAGGUCGCAACCAUCAUCGCCAACGCCGAGAAGGCCGGCUUGAAGCCAGUCACGUCAGAAGACGAUGCAAAGGCAGGCGAUAUCGCCAGUGGAUCAGAUGCCGUGAACAAGGCUACCGUCAUCGAAGACAUCCGGGCGUUCAAGUCUGGUCUCAUGGCGAGCGCAGGAGCCCAGCCUGUCAAGGACCUCAGUGAGUUUGAGGACACGGAUGCCAAACUGUAG